AUGGCGGGACAGGGUGUAGGGUUCAGUGAGUUAUCCUCCUCAUCAAAUGGUUCAGACAAUACGAAACGGCCAGGAACACCGCAAAUAACUCCAUCAGAGCUUAGUCGUCCCGUCAAUUUACAAAGAAUCGCACAAAGGAAAGCUCAAAUCAAGACAUAUCCUGUUAGAAAAAAGCUUGAAAAGCUGGGCGUCUAUUCAUCUUGCAAGGUAAAAGUUACUUGACCUCAUUUCAUUGUGUAUGCUCACUGGAGUGGAAUGAUGGAAAAAUCUUUUAUUAUGCCACUGUUCUCAUUGUUUCCUGUGGGGUCACAUUCCCCUUCCAUGGUAUUUUUUAGCUUUUUAUUGUCAAUUUUGAAGGUGGUAGACGUGAAAUGUGUGAAGGUACGACGGCACCACAAAACUUGCAAAGUUUUGUGGAAUGACGGUGAAUGUGUGGUUCCAGAAAAUAUCCAUACCUCCCCCACGGAAGACUCUUUCACUAGUUGGAAAAGAAGUUUCCCAUGAACCCCCCCUCCCCCGCGGAAUUUCCAAUGAUUUUCCAUGGGGGUUGGGGGGGGGGUAUGGAUAUUUUCUGGAACCACACAAUUAAGAUGGAUGAUGGAAGUGGAUGAAAGUGAAUUAGGGUGGAUAAAAGUGAAUGAAAGUGAAUGAAGGUGGAUAGGUGGAUGAAUGAAAAUGGAUUAAGAUGAAUGACAUUGAAUGAAGACUGAUGAAGGUGGAUACUUGUGAAUGAAAGCGAAACCUCGAUGUAAUGAAGGGGCAAGGGCAGGGUUCUCACUAAGAUUUCAAGUUACCAGGUAAAUAUAACAACUAGGAGGGGAAUCAAGCAGCUAAGGAUUUCUUUUGGUUCUAUUUUUCUUCUAUUAAUUUUUCAAUGAAUGUAGCCAAGGGCCACAUGAGGAAUCUCGGCCCCCGGCCCUUUAUGACAGCCCUGCAAGGGACUGACAAAAUAUGUUUGCUAAAAGAAGAGUUUGUUAUAUUGAGGUUCUUUUCCAUAUAUUUUGCUAUAACUAGGGAUAGGAAUAUUGUUCCAUAUACCCAGGACUUUGAUAUAUAGAGGUUCAUUAAAACAAGGGUCCACUGUAAUGUUUACCUCUCCCCCUAUUUUGCUCUACAAAAGUAAGUGAAAUUUUGUAACUUUGAAAAGCCACAUCUUUGUUAGUUGUCAACACAUCACUCUUAUAUUUAACGUUACUUCAUUGAUUUUUUGGUGCUCUUUCCUGUAAUGUUGAUAGAUUGUCACCAACUGUAGUUCAAGCCAAAAGUUGACAAAACCAUGAAGGGGAGGAAUCUUGUAUAAUUUUAUAACUUUCAAAAUAACGUUCAUUCUUAUGAUUUAAAUGUACUAAUGCUGAAAAUUAAAGAAAAGUAACAAUUUUGUGUGUGAAGAAUAGAAAAAAUAAUAGUACCGCUUAGAGGUCUUGGCUGUCGUCUUCAGGAUCACAUUGCAAGUCUUGACAUCUACAAUCAAGUCCCAUUACAUUCACAGUUGGUCAUGGACUGCAAAACAAACUAUAUUUUUGGGUAGUCAAGUACAUUUACAUGCAAACAGUCAAAACAAAAGGUCUGGAGCGAGGCUAGUUUUUUUCUCUCGCUCACAUGCCCUGAGUGAGUGUGAGGCUUGCAGGAUUUGCGUGUGAGACUCUGAUGCUAUGCUAGUGCUUCAAAUCGUAAAAAAAAAAGAUUGAUUUGAGAAAAAGACCAAUUUUUUUGGAGUCUAAACUGUAAGUUAGUCACUUUCUUUUCUUUCAGGCUGAGGAGUCUUGCAAAUGUAAUGGGUGGAAGAAUCCCAAUCCCCCACCAACACCCAGUAGAGUGGACCUCUCUCAGCCCCUUGCUAACUUGACAGACCCAUGCCGCAGUUGCAGCCACACCCUUGGUGCCCACAUCUCACACUUACAUGACAUUCCAGAAGAUGAACUUAAUAGACUGUUGUGCAUGGUAAUCGAUGUAGAGAACUUAUUUAUGUGUGUGCACAAGGAGGAAGAUGCUGACACCAAGCAAGUUUACUUUUACUUGUUUAGACUUUUGAGAAAAGGAAUUUUGCAGAUGGCAACUGUUACAGUGGAGGGUCCCCUUGGGACACCGCCUUUUGAGAAGCCAAGUAUUGGAAAAGUAAGUGGUACCCACAGUGGCUUACACAUUAAAUUUAUCCAGUUAUAAUAUAAUUGGAUUUAAUUAACAGUACAUAAAGCAAAGCUGCUUUUAGACUGCGGGCAGUCUCUCUUUUUCUUCAGAUUUAGUCAGAGCAGUGCACGCUCGCGGGAGCUCCUGUCUCGUGCCUUCAGUUACACGCAUGGCCAUUUGCGUGUCUUGCAGACUACAGAAAAAAGAGAGACUGCUCGUAGUCUAUGGUACUUUCAUUCUACCAAUACAGCACUUUAGAAUAGGGGACGUUGCGUUUUAAAGCCACAUAAUUAUUAUUGGUACAGUGUACAUUGUAAGUGUUAAGUAAUGUCUUUACCUUAGUUUGAAACUCACCAAUACUAAGCAAUCAGUCUUGCAGCCAGGUAUUAUUAUAGACAUCAAUGAAAACCUAACCAAAGGCAUAUUACUGUUAAAUGUCAGUAGUAUAACAAGUUAAUAUUAGUAUUAUUGGAUGAGGCUAAGUCUGAUAUAAAGAAUUCUCCCAAUCGAGGAGGGUGUUAUGCUGACCUCCUGUCAAUAACAGUCAAUAACAGUAAAAUAUGAUAACAGUGCGUGUACACUGACAUCAGCAAACAUCUUCCAAGUUUGUUCAAUGUAAAAAGGAGAUUUAUAUCAAACACAAAUGGAAUGAAUAUAAAUGAGAUUAUAAUAUUAUUGUAUUUUUUAAUCUCUUAGGCAGUCCUAAACUUUGUCCUAUACAAAUUUGGCCACCUUCCACAACGAGAAUGGCAGAUAAUGCAUGACUUGGCAAAAAUGUUCCUACAUUGUCUGAAUCACUGGAAGUUAGAGACGCCAACGCAAAAGAAACUUCACAGCCAAGGAGAGGAUCUUGCCGCCUACAAACAGAACUACACAAGGUCAGUUGACAUUACUAGCCUGCAUAGAAUUCAAAAGUGACCACAAUUAUCUAGACUUUUGACAGUGACAGUUAUCCCCAGAGCCCUGUUCCUUUGAAGGCUCAUUAGCACUAAUCUAGGGUUAAGAUUUUGUUGCACUUUUUGUAUUUACCUUCCUAUGCAUUGCUUAGAGGAACAUUUUGUGUUAUCAUUACUGUACAUGUGUCUCAGGGUAAAGACUCAACAGUGCAAUUUUUGGAAGCAUGACUUACAUGUUCUUAGACAAGAAAACCGUAAGGGUUACCUUGAAAACUGGAUUACUAUUUGUUCUUUUAAAAUUUGUUUGUUGUAGAACUUAUUUAAGUGUUUUAGAGACAUUAACCCUUUAAGCCCCAAUAUCCACAUACAAAUUCUCCAAACUGAUCUCCAUAUAUUUCCUUUAAGAAUUAGUUGAGAGAAUUUGAUGGCAGAUCAAAGCAUUUUCUCUUUAGUGAUCAUUUCAUAAAUUCUCAUAACCUAAUCUCUUGACAAGGUAUAUAUAUGGUUGGGAGAAAAUUGUUGUUGGUCACCAUUGGGACUUAAAGGGUUAAACACAGCAUUCCUUUUUUUCAGAUGGUUAUGCUAUUGCCAGGUUCCAGUAUUUUGUGACAGUUUAAAGAGACAUGAUCCCACAGCUGUGUUUGGAAGAGUGCUUUUAAGAUCAGUGUUCUCUGUUAUGAGGAGACAACUCUUGGAAAAGUUCAGAGCAGAGAAAGACAAAAUGCCACCAGACAAAAGGACUAUUGUUUUGACUCAUUUUCCAAGGUAUGGUGUUAUAGCUGGAUCACUGUACUCCUGGAUUGAAACAGUUGUUUGACAACAUAAACUCUUUUAUUCCUGUAAGACCACAUUGUGGUAGGAUAGUUUAUCGUUUAAUUCUGUGGACAAAAUACUAUGAUGUUGAAAUUAAGUCUCUUAAGCAGAUCAUUUGCAUGUUGUUAUAUAUUUCUGGGGAUUUUGCCAAGAGAAAUUUAGAAUUUGUGUGAAUUUUCUACACCAUAUCCAGAUUUUCACUAUUUUUUAAUGUAAAAGCGUGCCCAAGGUUGAGUAGGCACAAAAGUUAUGCAAAUUGUAGUAUCAUUACUGACUAGCCGCCAGUUGUUCAAAAAGGUGGAUAGCGUUAUCUGCCGGAUAAAUCACUAUCCAGUGGAUAAAUAUUAGAAAAACCAAUUUUGCUGUCCACUGGAUAGAUAUUUAUAAGGUGGAGUGCUAUCCACCUUUGGAACAACUUCCUGUAGGGCCUGGGCUGUCACCAAGAUGUCAAGUUUCUGUGUAAAUACAACAAGUAGUCAAGGAAUCAAACAGCUAGGGAUUUCUUUUAGGUCUAUUUUUCUUCUUUUUUCAUAGGAAAGUAGCAGGGGUAAAUCUCUUGCUUCCGCCCCUGGUUGACAGGGGGUCUCUUCUGAGGAGAGGACAGCUAGUCAUCGUGAUAGCAGCAUUGCUCUCAUACCUUUAAUUCUCUAAUGAAGCUAUUAAAAUAAACUCUCUGAAUAUCGAAAGAGCACAACAAUUUUAGGUUAUCUGUGAAAAUUUGAGCCUGAUACAGUAUACCAAAUAGUUUGUAUGGGGUCAGUAAUGUUUUUGCCACUUUUGUUAUUGCUUGUAAAGAGCUAAAAAUUGCAGAAAUUGCUCACAUUAACCAACUCUCUUAACUUUUUAAUUUAAUUUGUGCAUACGGUAAUGCCUUCUUUGGGUUAACUCAUAUGCUAAUGAGCAAAAAUGUAAACCAUAAAAUCAGUUAAGAUUGCCCUAUAGUUUAUACUGUGUUGAGAUUUCUCAUUUCUGUCAUAUAUCCUUUCAGAUUUCUCUCAAUGUUAGAGGAAGAGGUUUAUGGUGAUAAUUCUCCAAUCUGGGAUGAUGACUUUACAGUUCCACAGUCAUUAUCCCUGGGUGCUUCAAGAAUAACGCCUUUGACACCAUUAUCAGAAAGAGGGGAUUCUCUUGUGGCUACUGCAAGGUAA